GGAACGAUGCGUUUAACGCGAAACAUAAAUAUUACGCAAUACGAUGAAUUUGACGCUCGUUAAAUGAUUUGAAAAUAAUAAGUGUGACCGAUAAUCGCGUGAACGGUGUCGGGGGAUUGAUUAGCGUUAUUUCGGUAGUGAAAGUGUCGAACGGUGUAAAAACUGGUCGUUUUACAGCCUGGCCGCUCUCGGAGAAAUGUCAAAAUGGCGUCUUCGCAGGACGCUUGGUACCUUUCGCUGUUGGGUUUAGCCGAAAAUUUUCGCACUUCGAGCCCGCCGAAUAUAAAAUCGUGUAUUCAGUGUUUGCAGGCCGUUUUUAACUUUAAGCCACCACCCCGGGUCGAAGCCAGAACGCAUUUACAGCUGGGUAACAUCCUACUCACGCACACCAAAAACAUUGACCUGGCGCGAUCCCACCUCGAACAAGCGUGGAUGUUGAGUCAAAAUAUCAAUGCCUUUGAUGAUGUCAAAUUUGAAGCGGCUAGUGUUGUUGCCGAACUGUAUGACCAGCAGCAACAAUCAAGUCUUAGCAAACCGAUCUUGAGAAAGGCCAUAGAACUCUCACAGCACAAUGUUUAUUGGCAUUGUCGGCUGAUUUUUCAGCUUGCUCAAAUUCAUGCUUCCGAAAAAGACCUUGGGGUAGCCGGUAGUUUGCUUGGCGUUGGAGCAGAUUAUUCUUACAUAAGUAACGCGAGCUACACUCGUGUUUUGUUUUUACUGAGUAAAGCGAUGGUUUUAUUGAUAGACAAAAAAUUUACGGAGGUACCAGCCGUCCUAAAUCAAGCUGGGCCCCUUAUCGAGACUUGGCAGGCUAGUCCACACCAAAAAGAAUACUUGAAAGUGUAUUUCUUGGUGCUUCAAGUUUGUCAUUGUCUCAUGUCUGGCCAGGUAAAAAGUGUUAAGCCUUGUCUCAAACAGUUACAACAAAGUAUACAAACGAUAAUGUCACCAAGUUGGCCUUCGGACGAAGUAGUCACUGGUUCAAAUAUCGGAGACAUGUUUGUAUGGAUGCCCAAAGAACACUUGUAUGUUUUGGUUUACCUCGUGACUGUUAUGCAUUCCAUGCAGGCCGGUUAUAUGGAUAAAGCUCAAAAAUAUACUGACAAAGCUCUCACGCAGAUUGAAAAACUCAAAAUUGUCGACAACAAGCCCAUCCUAUCUGUAUUUCAACUAAUGCUAUUGGAGCACAUUGUUAUGUGUCGGCUUGUUAUGGGAAACAAAAGUUUAGCCCUUGCAGAGAUAUCCCAGGCUUGCCAACUUUGCAGGCGGCAACCGCGCCUCUUACAGAGUCAUAAACCGCAGUUACAUGCUCUGUUAGGACUUUAUGCUAUGUCAAUGAAUUGUAUGGAGGCGGCAGAGGCACAAUUCACAGCUGCACUGAGAACAUCACAGGAAAGAGAACUAUGGACAUUUGCAAAUUUAAAUUUAGCAAUAGUUUACCUCAGAACGAAAAGGGAUGCUGAAUUAGGUGCGCUACUUGAAAGGAUAAACCCUGAAUCUUUACCUUCACAUUCCCACUCUUUACGAGCGGCGGCGUACUACGUUCAAGGACUUCAAGCUUUCUUUGGGGCGCGAUAUAACGAAGCCAAAAGAUAUCUUCGAGAAACUCUGAAAAUGGCCAACUCCGAAGAUCUCAAUCGGUUAACAUCGUGCAGCUUAGUUCUAUUGGGUCACAUAUUCCUGUCUCUUGGAAAUAGUAGAGAAUCCAUGAAUAUGGUAACGCCUGCGAUGCAACUGGCUUCCAAAAUACCAGAUGUACACGUCCAAUUAUGGGCUAGUGCAAUCCUCAAAGACCUCUACAGAAUAUGCGGUGAUCCAAAUCGUGAAAGUGAAGCGUAUCAGACGCAUUGCAAUUUUUCUCAGAUGCUAUUAAAGGACCAUUUUCAAAGCACCCAAAUGGGCGAGCACACGCUAAUUCAGUGGACUGAGGGACCUAUCCCCCCUCUGCCAAGCAAUCCACCUCCAUCCACGUCUCAGGGUGUUCUCUAACCAAUCCUAAAAAAUUGCACGAAAUAGCAUGCUCGCGCAUUUACUUAAUAGUUUGAUAUCAUCGUCGGCCACGAUUGCUCCCUGGACUUCGACAGUGGUUGUAAAACCUGUUUUUGAGGUACGCAUGAAUGGCAGUACAAUAAUUGUGUGAAUAUCGAAAAUGCCAGAUGGACCUAAAACGGGUACAAGAAUUAAACGCAUGGAUGCGAAAAUACACUCUGAGAAGAAUCAAGAUUAUAUUAGAGAUUAUUACGAAAUAAAAAAACGUACAGAGGAAGUAAACUUGCAUCAAAUUAGCGUUUAGCAACGCUCUUUAUACCAUAAACAAAUCUAGCCACGUUGAUUCUAAUGUGUUUAUAUUUUUUACUUUUUUCCUACAUUAUGAUCCAAAAUGUUAAAAUCCCACUUGCAACAGUCUUUAAAAAUAUCUAAUAUUCAGAAGUGUCAAAUUUAUUGAGGCUCACAUCAUACAAUUGAGGUUUACUUGCAUUCAUUGCCAUCAACUUACAUUCUCUUUUCAUAUCAAAGUGACUCCUGGUCUGAUUAGUCUCUGAAAUUAUGUUAUGCUUGUAAUUCAUUUUUCAUUGAUUGAUUUGCAUUAAGAAAAGGAAAAACAACCAAUGUUCAGUUGGUAUGAAAAAAUUACAUUUUUCUCUGCAACUAACUUGAUUAUCUUGUUACGUGUGCCUGUGCAAAAUUUUACUACAGUUUCCGAACUACUCUUUGCAACCUUGAUUAUACAAUCCCGAGAAUGUUGCGGAUUAAAUUUCAAUUGGAUGGAAACUCUUUUCUUACUUUCUACGAUAUAUUUACUUAACAUUCUUCGGUUGAAAAUCAAAACUAAUUGAAGGAAUAACAUGCAGGUAUUCGAAAGCAGACAGAAAAUGCACUUAUCAAAGGCAAGUUGUUAUUUUAUGGAACAAAUUGCUUCACAGAAGUAUAAAAAGCGGUGGAUGUACAGCAAAGUGUGUGUAAUUCGUACAAAUUUAACUGAAGGUAAUAAUUAAAAGAGUAAAAAAGUAAUAAGCAAAGGGCUGAAAGGCUAGGGACACUACAUACCAUGGUGUACAGUAGUGAGUAAAAUGAUGGUAAAAGAAAAAAAGUUGUAAGUGACAGAAAUACAGGGUAUGCCAAAAAAGCGGUUCAAGAUAUUUUUUCAUACAUAUAUAUAUGUAUAUAUUUAUUUAAAUAUAUAAAUCGUAUAAGUUGAAAUGCUGAAAACAAUAAUAAUUAUCGCGUUUAGUUUUUCUUUUUUGGCACGACCUUGUAUAAUAUUGCUGUUAUUAUUAUCUGUAAUAAUGAUGAUAGGCGAAAGAAAAAAACUCGAUGAUAGGGAUCGUAAAUUUAAUAUAAAUAUUAAAGAAAAGAAGUUAUUAAAGAAUUAACAUGACAUAUAUAGAGCUGCAGGGGCCUUAGCGCUCGGUAACUUGAACCAACGAAAGACAUUAGGUCAAUAUUUCAAUCGUUUAAGUUACCCCAGCGUCUUGUACAUAAUUUAACGAUUAAAUUUACAAGAUACAAUGAAGUGAGGAGACGUAAACGUAAUAAUUUCAAGGAAUUAUUAUUAUUAUUAUUAAUAUCGAGUAGUAUUUAUAUAAGCGUGGACUAAGCGCGUUGUGAGGAGAAGAGUGCUGUGUAGAAAUUGAACAGAGGGCUAAAUAUGUACUAUAUAUUAUAUAUAUAUCAAAAUCUUAUCGUUACUGUCGCACCAUACCAAGUUUUUACAAUAUUCAAUCCAAGUUAGCUACUAUUUAAGCUGAGUAAAUUGCCAAUACCGAUGUUAUGUAAACAGAAAUUUUUUACAUUGCGUUGUACUUUGAAUGAAAUGUUACGAAAGUCGUUCAAAAUUAGAUUGAGUUUUAUUUCUGGAAGACUAAAUUAGGCUUCAACAAAUUUAUUUAAUCACAUGACCAUAAUAAUUAAUCUGUUCUGCAUUAAGAAUUUUUUCCAACGCUACUCUAUCUCCGAUUACGCCCCUAGAUAUGACCGUAUGGAAUAUUAAACUUAAGAUAACUACUUCUAAACAUCCCGGGAGAGUGCUAUUGUACAUAUACGUUAUACAUACUAGUAUCUACACGAAAGAAAGAGUGAGCGAGAGAAACAGAAAUCAAUACAAAAAUUUGGUAAAUGUGAGAAAUCCUAUAUCAAAGAGUUAGGUUUGUUUUAUUAGGAUGCGUUUGUAUAUAGAUUAAAAUAAAACAACAAAAAACAAAAACAAAUAAAAAGUACAGAAAACAUUCAGAAGUUUUCUGUAAUCUCAAAUGAAGCCCAGCGACACUUGGAUUUAGAUUACACAUAGGGCGUAGUGUUAUAAAUAUACUAGUGAGUGCAUGAGACUGGGAGAGAGAGUUGGGGAAAAAUUGUGAAAACCAGAACUCUUAAAUUCUUGUACAGGCUGUUUUACCACAAAUUGUAUGUAUUUUUUAAAUAUUAGAAAAAGGUAACACACUAACUACUCGAAA